AGGGAGUACAAAAACUAAACCCAAAAAAGGACACCCAAAAUCCCUCCUCACCGUUCACUCAACACCGAUACCCUCGUCCUCCUCUUUUUCCCCUUCCUCUGUAUUCUCAGUGUUCAACCAGCAAAGCGACGCCGUUUUGUUCGGUAUUCUAGGUGUUUUAGCAUACUAUAGAGUAGGUAGUUUUCAUAACUGCAAUGGCCGCUCCAUCCUCAUUGAACAUGUGUGCAUCGAGCGGGGCGGUGGGUGCUUGUAAUGUGAGCAAAUCUCAAAAGGUUUUAAUGAGCGGCUGCCCGGGUUUAUUUGGGAAAAAGUUGGUUAAUUCCAUGCCAAUUUGCUCAUCCGCCGACUUCACCCGGUUAAGGUGUUCUUUCGGGGCAAAACCUUUAAAAUGGGAAUCGAACGGGGAGGUUCCGGUGAAGUUUGGAGUUCCUUGCCAUGUAGUUGGUGUUAAGAAUACAAAUUUCUUCUCAGUAGGUCAGAAAUUUCAACUGGAUGAUGUGCUUGAAGCUCAGCAGUUUGAUAGAGAGACUCUUAGUGCAAUAUUUGAGGUGGCGCGGGAAAUGGAGAGGGUUGAGAAAAACUCUGUUGGGAGCCAGAUUUUGAAGGGAUACUUAAUGGCCACUUUGUUUUAUGAGCCUUCUACCAGAACCAGGCUUUCGUUUGAAUCUGCUAUGAAACGGUUAGGUGGAGAAGUUUUGACUACUGAGAAUGCAAGGGAGUUCUCAUCAGCAGCAAAAGGAGAGACACUUGAGGAUACUAUUAGAACAGUUGAAGGGUACGCGGACAUUAUUGUAAUGAGGCACUUUGAAAGUGGUGCUGCUAGAAGGGCUGCUGAAACUGCUGGAAUUCCCGUCAUAAAUGCAGGAGAUGGUCCAGGGCAGCAUCCAACUCAGGCUCUUUUAGAUGUAUACACGAUUGAAAGAGAGGUCGGAAAACUAGAUGGCAUUAGUGUUGCAUUGGUUGGUGAUCUUGCUUAUGGAAGGACUGUUCGUUCACUGGCAUAUUUGCUUGCCAAGUAUAAUGAUGUCAAAAUAUACUUUGUUGCACCAGAUGUGGUGAGAAUGAAGGAUGACAUUAAGGAGUAUUUGACCUCGAAGAACAUUCAAUGGGAAGAAAGUGCUGACUUGAUGGAAGUAGCUUCUAAAUGUGAUGUAGUUUAUCAGACUCGAAUUCAACGAGAGCGUUUCGGGGAAAGGAUUGAUCUUUACGAAGAAGCAAGAGGGAAAUACAUAGUAAAUCGAAAUGUGCUGAAUGUGAUGCAGAAGCAUGCUGUAGUCAUGCACCCUCUUCCACGUCUUGAUGAGAUAACUGUAGACGUGGAUCAAGAUCCAAGGGCGGCCUACUUCAGACAAGCAAAGAAUGGUCUUUAUAUCCGAAUGGCUUUGUUGAAGCUUUUACUUCUUGGAUGGUAAUCGGUAGAUUAGGUAUAUUGUGAGAUUAGUGACCUAAAGUCUUGUUAAGUAGGAGCAAGAUGGCUACUGUAGACAAUAAAUUGUUGUGUUUUUUGGAGAAUGUGUUUCAAGUUUAAAGAAAGUUUUGGUAAUUUCUUGCAGAUGAUGCAAUUGAGUAAUUCAAUCAGUCUGUACAUUACCAGAUACGAGCUAUAUCAGAGUUUUGAGAUAA